UUACAUAGGUUUGAUCUUUUUUAUUUUUAUUUUAGCAUGAUUGUUAAUUACAGUAGUAGCAGCUCUGAGGAGGAAACUGAAAAUUCUAAUAAAGAUGAUUCCUCACCUCCAAGAAAAAGAGGAAAACCUGACACUACUGAAACAAGGUUUGCAGUGAACCUUUGGAUCAUGGGUCUGCCAAAAGGACAGAAGAUAAGGCAACCCACAAAACACCUCGUCUACCUCUGCCUGAGAGUGUGAAGGAGAUGUUCAGAGAAUCAGAUGAACAGUGGACUGAUAACAGUGAAGAGCAUGGAGGGCGAUUGCGGUCCUUCCAGCAUGAGCGGGGCAACUGGGCGACAUAUGUGUUCUUUCCAUAUAACCCUGAGGACUCUUUCCUGGAGCUUCUCAAUGAAAUGAUGGUUGUCGCAGCAGCUCACGGCAUCCCUCUGACCCCAUCUGAAGAGUUCCACGUCAGUCUGUCAAAGACAGUGGUUCUGCGACACCACUGGAUCCAGCCUUUCAUCCAGUCCAUUCGGACCAUGCUGACACAGUGCCGGAAGUUUUUCUGCAUGGCCGAUAAACUGAGGGUGUAUUCUAAUGCAGAAAAGACCAGGACUUUUCUUGGAUUGGAGAUCUCUAGUGGGACAUCUCAGUUGCUUGAGCUAAUCAAACUUGUGGAUGAAACUAUGAAGGAAUUCAACCUCAGCACCUUUUAUAAGGAUCCAUCUUUUCAUGUAAGCCUUGCCUGGGGUGUGGGUGAUCACACAGACAGACUGAAAAGUGCAUGUUUAUCAGAGUUGCAGGGACUUGUUGAUAGUCACGAAGAUGGUCCAUUUCACAUAAAGUUAAACUGCACAGAGCUCCGCUGCAAAUCAGGAAACAAAGUCUUUCUGUUUCCCCUCCAGUGAUCAUGAAAUGUACACCAUUUAGUAAUAUGAACUGAAUUCUUUUGAACAUUUCAUGUUUUAAAGUUUUCGACCUGAAAUACUAACCAUAAAACAAGAAUAAGCUAUUCUUUGUUACACAACAAUACACAUUUUUGGUAAAGAAAAAUGUAUUGUACAGAAUUGCAACUUAGUGAUUUUUCCAAAUCCAGAGCAUUGACUCUCAAUAGUCUGUUAUUUGAGCAACAAACAGUCUUGACUAGUUAGGAUUCUGGUAAAACUUGCAACCCUUACUAUCCUUAUGCAACGCCCCACAUCCUGUAACUGAAAGACUUAGUUCCACUUUCCAUUUGUUUUGCAUCUUAAAAUACCAGUUUUUUUUUUUUUUUUUUUUAAAUAAAACUGGACCAAUUUUAACCUUCCAGUGUAAUUCCCACAACCCUUUAUAUA